GUGCAACCUCACCACCACCACAACAGCCGCAAUUCUCUUCUUCUCUUCGACCACUAUUCUACACGCCUCCUCAACACCGCACAGCAAUGGCUUUGCGACGACCGCCCGGAACAGGUGGUACCUUGAUGGCCACCAAGCGCAUACGCAAGGAGAUCUCGGACCUUGCACGCGAGAACCUCGGCGCGAUUAAGCUCGCGCCAAACGAAAGCAACAUCUUCCAGUGGAGAGCAACGAUUCCAGGUCCAGCUGGGUCGCCUUAUGAGGGAGGCUUGUUUGACGUCGACAUUCGUGUGCCCGAAGACUAUCCCUUCUCGCCACCUCAUGUUCAAUUUGUGACGAAAGUAUACCAUUGCAACGUCAGUCCGCAAGGCUCAAUCUGCCUGGAUCUACUGAAAUCGGCCUGGUCUCCAGCCCUUUCCUUGUACAAGGUCAUCCUCUCCCUUUCCUCCCUCCUAACGGACCCCAACCCAGCCGACCCCCUCGUACCCUCUAUCGCUAUCGAAUACAAGCAGAAUCGCAAGAAGCAUGACUCCACCGCCAAGGACUGGGUCAAGAUGUACGCGCAGCCGAAGGCGGACACGCCCGUGGCUGCACCGCCGCCUGCGCCGCGGGCUUCGACUUCACGACCGGGGACGAUACACCGUCCCGUGAAUGGAUCGACUGCCCCUCCUCCUCAGAUCGCCGGCACCCGGCGCCCGGCGCCGGGUGGAGGCAACAGUGAAGCUCCCAUUGAGGUUCCGGACGAUGACGACGCUGAGGUCGAGCUCUCUGCCCCCCGCCGGUCGAAGCGGGCCCGCAUGGAGAAUGGAGGAAGCAGCGGCGGCGGGAGCGGCAGUCGCCGGUCUGGCGGGGCAUCGGCCGACGAUGUGAUCGUCAUCGACGACGACGAUUAGAUGUGGAGGAAGCAAGACGAUGACUGAGACGACCCCAUGAGCAUUUUCAUUCCGCAAUCCACCUCCAGUGUCCCCUUCGCCCUUCCUCCGGGUCGCUGUCUUGCCAGAAGCACCCCUAGGUACGGGAGACAACCCCCACAUAGCAGCAUUAACCCGC